UUCGGCAGGGACAGGCGGAGCUGAGACUUGGGGACUCGAGUGUUGUGGUUCUGGGGGGCUGUGAAGUUCUCUUUAUUAUUUUUUUCCGGAGAGAAAGUUUUGGGCAAGAUUCUUCUAGAGAAUUCUACAUUUCAUUUUGGAGGAGCGACUUACUCUUCUUGUCUUCUUUAUUACUCCCCUCCCCCCGUGGGACCCGCUGGACGCGUGGAGAAGACCGCACCCGAAGCAGAUUCUGUACAGCAAGACAGCGCUUUCCGCCUCUGGGGGAGCGAUCCCCCCCACGCCCCUGGGUCCUACGGAGCCUGGACUUUCAGGAGGCACAGCGGCAUCUUGUGGGGGCCUGGGCACCGCAGAGGAAUUGCACAGAAACUUUGCCAUUGUUGGAGCGGGACGCUGCCCCCAUCCCGAGUUUCCUCGGACAGCGCGCUUUGGGGACGCGCUCGGCUCACCCCGGACUCGCACCUUUCUCUUCCACCCGGCCAUAGCCUUGGCUUCCCGGCGACCUCAGCGUGGUCACAGGGGCCCCCCUGUGCCCAGGGAAAUGUUUCAAGCUUUCCCCGGAGACUACGACUCCGGCUCCCGGUGCAGCUCCUCACCCUCCGCCGAGUCUCAGUAUCUGUCUUCGGUGGACUCCUUCGGCAGUCCACCCACUGCCGCCGCCUCCCAGGAGUGCGCCGGUCUCGGGGAAAUGCCCGGUUCCUUCGUGCCCACGGUCACCGCGAUCACAACCAGCCAGGACCUCCAGUGGCUCGUGCAACCCACCCUCAUCUCUUCCAUGGCCCAGUCCCAGGGGCAACCGCUGGCCUCCCAGCCCCCGGCCGUCGACCCCUACGACAUGCCAGGAACCAGUUACUCCACACCGGGCGUGAGUGGCUACAGCAGUGGCGGACCAAGUGGCAGUGGUGGGCCUUCCACCAGCGGAACCGCCGGCGGACCUGGGCCUGCCCGUCCGGCCCGAGCCCGGCCUAGGAGACCCCGAGAGGAGACGCUUACCCCGGAGGAGGAGGAGAAGAGAAGGGUUCGUCGGGAAAGAAACAAACUGGCAGCAGCGAAGUGUAGAAACCGUCGGAGGGAGCUGACUGACCGACUGCAGGCGGAGACAGAUCAGCUGGAAGAAGAAAAGGCAGAGCUGGAGUCGGAGAUCGCCGAGCUCCAAAAGGAGAAGGAACGUCUGGAGUUUGUGCUGGUGGCCCACAAACCGGGGUGCAAGAUCCCCUACGAAGAGGGGCCGGGGCCGGGCCCGCUGGCGGAGGUGAGAGAUUUGCCGGGGUCAGCACCCACUAAGGAAGACGGCUUCAGCUGGCUGCUGCCGCCCCCGCCACCACCGCCCCUGCCCUUCCAGACCGGCCAAGACGCAUCCCCCAACCUGACAGCUUCUCUCUUUACACACAGUGAAGUUCAAGUCCUCGGUGACCCCUUCCCCGUUGUUAACCCUUCGUACACUUCCUCGUUUGUCCUCACCUGCCCGGACGUCUCCGCGUUCACCGGCGCCCAACGCCCCAGCGGCAGCGACCAGCCCUCCGACCCCCUGAACUCGCCCUCCCUUCUUGCUCUGUGAACUCUUUAGACACAAACCAAACACACACACAAGGGAGAGAGAGAUUUGGAAGAGGAGGAGGAAGAGAGAGAGAGGGGAAGAGACAAAGCGGGCGUGUGGCCUCCCUGCCUCUCGUGUCUGACUCUCUGCGACCACUGUCAUCGGACAGGAGGACCUCCAUGGGUUUUGUGCCGCCUCUUGUUUCUAUGGCCCGGCGAGGCCACAAAGCUGGUGACUUUGGGGGCA